AUGGCGGCACGACGUUGCCUGGACCAGCUCAGGCAACGUUAUAUAACCAAUAGAAUUAAACUCUACACCUGCGCGAUAAUUCUGAUAUCACUUCAAUUAAUAGCGGCCGAAGAGCAGACCACAUUCGCCGGCCUGUCGGCGGAAAAUGCGGCCCGAAUGCUGGCCGGAAGUCCUGGCGAGGUGGAGAAGCCAUCGCCGCAUCACAGUGAAAUGUCCUUAGUCCUCCCGCACGAUACCUAUCCCGGAUUUAGCAUUAAAAAGUUCAAAACCCAUCCAGUGAAGGUGAACGGCAGCUCACAUCCUGCCAGUGGAGGCAGUGCCUAUCACAUGCUAGAUAGUGACUAUUCCAAGUACUUCACCGUCCUGGACGAUGGUGUGGUUAUGACCACGGCGGAUAUAUCGCCGCUGGUCAAUCGUCCGGUUCAGUUGGUGGUUGUUGAACAAUCGCCAAAUGCCACCAAUACCCACAAUCUCCAGCUGUUUGUGAUGCAUCGCAACGACAUGCUCCGGUUCUCGGGUUCCCUGCUCGAUGCCAGCGGUGAGGUGAGGGAGAAUCAUCCGCCGGGAACCAGGGUGAGAGGAGUGCCCCUGAUGCAGGCCUUCAGUGGUUCCAUUCUCGACGAGGAGUUGGCCAAGCCCAAGAAGGUCCGGUACACCAUCAUCGAUGGCAAUGUGGAGGAUGCCUUUGCCCUGCAGGAACGCAAAGCCAAUCAGAAUGUUCAGAUUAAUGCCAAGUCCCUGGUGAUUGAUGGUGACGAUGAGUCUGGUGUUUGGUUGGUCACAAAUCGUCCUUUGGAUCGCGAGGAACGUGCCCACUACGAUCUCUCCGUGGAGGCCUCGGAUGUGGAUGGGCUGGAUAAAACAGUCUCGAAAAUUCAAAUCACUGUUCUGGAUGAGAAUGAUAACAGACCCAUUUUCAAGUCGCUGGACUACAAGUUCGCCAUUGCCGGUCAAAAGGCUGUCAAUAUGGAUAGCAAUAACAGCGUGUCAUACAAGAGAUUUGCCAUCCUUGGCAAAGUCGAGGCCACCGAUGCCGAUGGGGAUAAGAUUGCCUAUAGACUCAAGACUCCUAGUAAUGUGGUCAUCAUUGUGCCGCAAACCGGUGAGAUAAUGCUGGCAGGUGAGCCCACUUCAAAUGAGCUUCUGGUUGAGGUGAUAGCCCACGACUUGAGGUAUCCCAGUCUGUUGAGUGCCCAGCCAGCCAAGGUUCUUUUGGAAUUUUUGGCACCCGAACCAGUUUCAUUCAUAAUGCAACAUCUGGAGCAUGAUGAGAUAAAUAAUCACUCACAUCACCGCGAAAAGAGGAGAGUAACGCGAGCUGUACGUCCAACGAAAAGGAUAGAAUUCACAGAGGCUGAUGGAGAUACCGAAGGCAAGUCGGUCUUUCAAUUGGAAAAGGAAACGGAUAAGGAAACGUUCAAGAUCAGGGACGAUAAUCCCUGGGUGACGGUGGAAACAAAUGGCGCUGUGCGAGUUAAGAAGAAGUGGGACUACGAGGAGCUGGGCCCGGAGAAGACCAUCGAUUUUUGGGUCAUCAUCACCAAUAUGGGACAUAAUGCUGGCAUCAAGUACACGGACAACCAGAGGGUCAUAAUCCUGGUGAAGGACGUCAACGAUGAGCCACCGUACUUCAUUAAUCGGCCGCUGCCCAUGCAAGCGGUGGUGCAAUUGAAUGCUCCACCCAAUACCCCAGUGUUCACUCUCCAAGCCCGUGAUCCGGAUACAGAUCAUAAUAUCCAUUACUUUAUCGUUCGCGAUCGAACUGGCGGACGUUUCGAGGUGGACGAACGUUCAGGUGUGGUGAGAACCCGAGGCACAGAUCUCUUCCAGCUGGACAUGGAGUAUGUCCUGUACGUAAAGGCUGAGGAUCAGAAUGGCAAGGUCGAUGAUCGUCGAUUCCAGAGCACGCCCGAGGAACGCCUAUCGAUUGUGGGUGGCAAGCGUGCGCCACAGUUCUAUAUGCCCAGCUAUGAGGCAGAGAUACCAGAGAACCAGAAAAAGGAUUCAGACAUCAUUUCGAUAAAGGCCAAGUCCUUUGCAGACCGCGAGAUUCGCUACACACUGAAGGCCCAGGGCCAGGGAGCCGGCACCUUUAACAUUGGACCUACAUCGGGCAUCGUCAAGUUGGCCAAGGAGUUGGACUUCGAGGAUCUGCGUCAGCCGCAUGUCUACUCGCUGAUUGUGACAGCCACCGAGGAUUCCGGCGGAUUCUCCACUUCCGUCGAUCUAACUAUUCGCGUUACGGAUGUCAAUGACAAUGCUCCCAAAUUCGAGUUGCCCGAUUAUCAGGCUCACAAUGUGGACGAGGAUAUUCCAUUGGGUACCAGUAUACUUCGCGUUAAAGCCAUGGAUGCUGAUUCUGGAUCAAAUGCUGAAAUCGAAUAUCUUGUAUCCGAUGACCACUUUGCCGUGGAUUCCAAUGGCAUAAUUGUGAACAACAAACAACUGGAUGCGGAUAACAAUAAUGCGUACUAUGAGUUUAUAGUCACGGCCAAGGAUAAAGGUGAACCGGCCAAGUCAGGAACAGCCACGGUUCGAGUUUACACCAAGAACAAGAACGAUGAGGAGCCCAAGUUCUCACAGCAGGUGUACACCCCAAAUGUGGAUGAGAAUGCCGGUCCCAAUACCUUGGUAACCACUGUGGUGGCCUCUGAUAAGGAUGGUGAUAAUGUGAGAUUUGGUUUCGUGGGCGGUGGCACUUCAUCCGGCCAGUUUGUCAUCGAGGAUAUCACUGGUGUGAUCCGCUUGCAUAACAAGGCCAUAUCCCUGGAUCGGGACAAGUACGAACUGAAUGUGACAGCCAUGGACGAUGGAUCGUGUUGUGUGAAUGGAGAUCAAACAAUCCACACUUCGACCGCAGUCGUAGUGGUCUUCAUCACCGAUGUCAACGACAAUAAGCCAGUUUUUAAGGACUGUAGUACCUACUACCCCAAGGUGGAGGAGGGAGCUCCCAAUGGAAGUCCCGUCAUCAAAGUGGUGGCAACCGACGAGGAUAAGGGUGUUAAUGGACAGGUGAAAUACUCGAUUGUUCAGCAACCAAACCAAAAAGGAACCAAAUUCACUGUGGACGAGGAAACCGGCGAGGUGUCCACCAAUAAGGUUUUCGAUCGUGAAGGAGAUGAUGGCAAGUUCGUAUCGGUGACUGUUAAGGCCACGGAUCAGGGAGACCCUAGUCUAGAGGGAGUCUGCUCCUUUACAGUAGAGAUCACAGAUGUCAACGACAAUCCACCGCUCUUCGAUCGUCAGAAAUAUGUGGAGAAUGUGAAGCAGGAUGCCAGCAUUGGCACCAAUAUCCUGCGUGUCUCUGCCUCCGAUGAGGAUGCUGACAAUAAUGGCGCCAUUGUGUAUAGUCUGACUGCUCCCUUCAAUCCCAACGAUUUGGAAUACUUUGAAAUUCAGGCCGAGUCUGGUUGGAUUGUCCUCAAGAAGCCGCUUGACGGUUGUUAUCCACGCGACCGCUAUCGCUUGAGGGUUAGCGCCUCCGAUAAGGGCACUCCGCCCUCGGCCGCCGAUGUCGAUGUAGAGUUAGAUGUCGUCGAUCGCAAUAAUAAGCCACCCAUUUGGGAUAAGAGCAUUUAUGGCCCCAUUCACAUACGCGAGAAUGUCACAGUGGGCACGGUUGUAACAUCGGUUAAGGCAAGUUCGGGUAUUGAGGGAAAUCCCACAGUCUUCUAUCGCCUGAUGCCCGGGUCAACGGCCCAAACGAACAAAUUUCAUACAUUUUACUUGCAACAAAGACCGGACAAUGGCGACACUUGGGCCGAUAUAAAAGUGAAUCAUCCGCUGGACUACGAGAGCAUCAAGGAAUACAAUCUAACCAUACGUGUCGAGAACAAUGGAGCCCAACAAUUGGCAUCGGAAGCGACCGUUUACAUAAUGCUCGAGGAUGUUAAUGAUGAAAUACCCUUAUUCACCGAACGCGAACAGGAAACGGUGCUCGAGGGCGAACCGAUUGGCACCAAAGUGACACAGGUGAACGCCAUCGAUAAGGAUGGCACAUUCCCAAAUAAUCAGGUCUACUAUUACAUCGUCGAUUCACCGCGGAACGAGGGCAAAGAGUUUUUCGAAAUCAACCUGCAGAGCGGCGAAAUUUUCACGAAAACCGUGUUCGACAGGGAGAAGAAGGGCGCCUACGCCCUCGAGGUGGAGGCCAGGGAUGGAGCCCCAUCGGCGCGACAUAGCAAUGGACCCAAUUCAGUCACCAAAUUCAUACGCAUUGGCAUCGCCGAUAAAAACGAUAAUCCGCCCUAUUUCGACAAAUCGCUGUAUGAGGCCGAAGUGGAUGAGAACGAGGACAUUCAGCACACAGUGCUCACUGUAACCGCCAAGGAUCACGAUGAGUCCUCACGUAUCCGCUAUGAAAUUACAAGCGGCAACAUUGGCGGCGCUUUUGCGGUUAAAAAUAUGACGGGUGCCAUUUAUGUAGCUGGCGCUUUAGAUUACGAAACUCGACGCAGGUAUGAGCUGCGCUUGGCCGCUUCCGAUAACUUGAAGGAGAACUACACCACUGUGAUUAUCCAUGUCAAGGAUGUGAAUGAUAAUCCCCCCGUGUUCGAACGACCCACUUAUCGAACCCAGAUUACCGAAGAGGACGAUCGUAAUUUGCCCAAACGCGUCUUGCAGGUUACGGCCACAGAUGGCGACAAGGAUCGUCCCCAGAACAUCGUGUACUUCCUCACGGGCCAAGGCAUUGAUCCAGAUAAUCCGGCCAAUAGCAAGUUCGACAUCAACCGCACCACCGGCGAAAUAUUCGUAUUAAAGCCGCUGGAUCGCGAUCAACCGAACGGUCGACCCCAGUGGCGCUUCACUGUCUUUGCCCAGGACGAGGGCGGCGAGGGUCUCGUGGGAUAUGCCGACGUCCAGGUCAAUCUGAAGGACAUCAACGAUAAUGCCCCCAUUUUCCCGCAAGGCGUGUACUUUGGUAAUGUGACAGAGAACGGCACCGCCGGCAUGGUUGUGAUGACCAUGACCGCCGUGGACUACGAUGAUCCCAAUGAGGGCUCCAAUGCCCGUCUGGUGUACUCCAUUGAGAAGAAUGUGAUUGAGGAGGAGACUGGCUCACCGAUUUUCGAAAUAGAACCCGAUACGGGUGUGAUAAAGACCGCCGUCUGUUGCCUGGAUCGCGAAAGGACACCAGAUUAUUCCAUACAAGUCGUUGCGAUGGAUGGCGGGGGGUUAAAGGGGACGGGGACGGCCUCGAUAAGAGUGAAGGAUAUCAACGAUAUGCCGCCACAAUUUACGAAGGAUGAAUGGUUUACGGAAGUGGACGAAACGGAUGGUACUGCUUUGCCGGAAAUGCCCAUUUUAACGGUGACCGUACACGACGAGGACGAAACGAACAAAUUCCAAUACAAAGUCAUCGAUAACAGUGGCUAUGGCGCUGAUAAGUUCACCAUGGUGAGGAAUAAUGAUGGCACAGGCUCCCUGAAAAUCGUUCAGCCCCUGGAUUACGAGGAUCAGCUGCAGAGCAAUGGUUUCCGGUUCCGCAUUCAAGUCAAUGACAAGGGAGAGGACAACGACAAUGAUAAGUACCAUGUGGCCUACUCCUGGGUUGUGGUCAAGCUGAGGGACAUCAACGAUAAUAAGCCCCACUUUGAGAGGGCCAAUGUGGAGGUUUCCGUUUUUGAGGACACCAAAGUGGGCACUGAACUCGAAAAGUUCAAGGCCACCGAUCCGGAUCAGGGAGGCAAGAGCAAAGUGUCCUAUUCCAUCGAUCGCUCCUCGGAUCGGCAGCGUCAGUUUGCCAUUAAUCAGAACGGAUCGGUGACCAUUCAGCGCUCUUUGGACCGUGAAGUUGUGCCCCGUCAUCAGGUCAAGAUCCUGGCCAUUGACGAUGGCUCUCCACCGAAAACCGCCACUGCCACGCUCACUGAUGUGCAGGACAUCAAUGACAAUGCUCCCAAGUUCCUGAAGGACUACAGGCCUGUGCUGCCGGAACAUGUGCCGCCACGCAAAGUUGUCGAGAUUCUGGCCACCGAUGAUGAUGAUCGCUCCAAGAGCAAUGGUCCGCCCUUCCAGUUCCGUUUGGAUCCCAGUGCCGAUGAUAUUAUUCGUGCUUCCUUCAAGGUGGAACAGGAUCAGAAGGGUGCCAACGGAGAUGGCAUGGCUGUUAUUUCCUCUCUCCGUUCCUUUGAUCGCGAGCAACAAAAGGAAUAUAUGAUCCCGAUUGUGAUCAAGGAUCAUGGCUCACCAGCCAUGACAGGCACGAGUACGCUGACCGUCAUCAUUGGCGAUGUCAAUGACAACAAAAUGCAACCUGGUUCCAAGGAUAUCUUCGUUUACAAUUACCAAGGACAAUCGCCAGAUACGCCAAUUGGUCGUGUAUAUGUCUACGAUUUGGACGAUUGGGAUCUGCCAGACAAGAAGUUCUACUGGGAGGCCAUGGAGCAUCCCAGAUUCAAAUUGGAUGAAGACUCUGGCAUGGUCACCAUGCGAGCAGGAACUCGUGAGGGACGCUACCAUCUCCGGUUCAAGGUGUACGAUCGCAAGCACACUCAAACAGAUAUUCCAGCAAAUGUCACAGUUACGGUCAGGGAAAUACCUCACGAAGCGGUUAUUAACUCGGGAUCCGUCCGGUUAUCGGGAAUAUCGGAUGAGGACUUUAUUCGCGUAUGGAACUACAGGACGCAGAGCAUGAGUCGCUCGAAGAUGGAUCGUUUCAGGGACAAGCUGGCCGAUUUACUCAAUACCGAACGAGAGAAUGUGGAUAUAUUCAGUGUGCAGUUGAAGAGGAGACAUCCUCCACUCACAGAUGUAAGAUUCUCUGCGCACGGUUCUCCCUACUACAAACCUGUGAGGCUCAAUGGCAUUGUCCUGAUGCAUCGCGAGGAGAUUGAGAAGGAUGUGGGCAUUAACAUCACCAUGGUGGAUGAUGAGUGUCUGUAUGAGAACCAAAUGUGCGAAGGCAGCUGCACCAAUGCCCUGGAGAUCAGUCCUCUUCCCUACAUGGUCAAUGCCAACAAGACUGCCCUGGUGGGUGUCCGAGUGGACACCAUUGCCGACUGUACUUGUGGUGCUCGGAACUUCACCAAGGCUGAAUCCUGCAGGACCACACCAUGCCAAGGCGGACGAUGCAUGGACACUAGAUUUGGUCCUCACUGCUCGUGUCCUUUGGGCUACACGGGUCCCAGGUGUCAGCAGACAACGCGCAGCUUCCGCGGUAAUGGAUGGGCCUGGUAUCCGCCCCUCGAAAUGUGCGAUGAAUCCCAUUUGAGUCUGGAGUUUAUCACCCGAAAGCCCGAUGGCUUGAUCAUCUACAAUGGACCGAUUGUACCACCGGAGCGAGAUGAGAUGCUUAUAUCUGACUUUAUUGCUUUGGAAUUGGAGCGCGGUUACCCGAGACUUCUCAUCGAUUUCGGCUCGGGAACUCUGGAGUUGAGAGUGAAGACCAAGAAGACAUUGGACGAUGGCGAAUGGCACAGGAUCGAUCUGUUCUGGGACACUGAAAACAUUCGCAUGGUGGUGGACUUUUGUAAAUCCGCGGAGAUAGCCGAAAUGGAGGAUGGCACACCGCCGGAAUUUGAUGAUAUGUCCUGCCAGGCGAGAGGACAAAUCCCACCGUUCAGUGAGUAUCUGAAUGUGAGCCCACUGCAGGUUGGCGGACUCUAUCGGGAGCAAUUCGAUCAGAGCCUACUUCUGGCAUACAUGCCAACGGCCAAGGGCUUUGAUGGUUGCAUCCGGAACCUGGUUCACAACUCCAAGCUCUACGAUCUGGCCCCGGGACUCUCCAGGAACAGCGUAGCAGGAUGUCCGCAAACCGAAGAGGUUUGUGCCCAAACCGAGACCACAGCUCGCUGCUGGGAGCAUGGCAAUUGCGUUGUCCUGUCCGAAGCACGCUGCCACUGCCGCCCAGGAUGGACCGGUCCUGCCUGCAAUAUCCCCACCAUUCCGACCACCUUCAAGGCCCGUUAUGUCAAGUAUGCCCUCAGCUUCGAACCGGAUCGGUUUAGUACUCAGGUGCAGCUUAGAUUCCGCACGAGAGAGGAGUACGGCGAACUGUUCAGAGUUAGUGACCAGCACAACAGGGAAUACGGAAUCCUGGAGAUCAAGGACGGACACCUGCACUUCCGCUACAAUCUGAACUCGCUGCGAACCGAGGAGAAGGAUCUUUGGCUGAAUGCCAUCAUGGUCAACGAUGGCCAAUGGCAUGUGGUGCGAGUUAAUCGUUACGGCUCAGCUGCUACCCUGGAACUGGACGGAGGCGAGGCGCGAUACAACGAAACCUUUGAGUUUGUCGGUCAUCAGUGGCUGUUGGUGGACAAACAGGAAGGUGUUUACGCUGGCGGCAAGGCUGAGUACACGGGAGUGAGGACCUUUGAGGUCUAUGCCGAUUACCAAAAGAGCUGUCUCGAUGAUAUACGUUUGGAAGGCAAGCACUUGCCUCUGCCACCGGCUAUGAAUGGCACCCAGUGGGGUCAGGCCACCAUGGCCAGGAACCUGGAGAAGGGCUGUCCCUCAAACAAACCCUGUUCGAAUGUGAUCUGUCCCGAUCCCUUCGAGUGCGUGGAUCUGUGGAAUGUCUACGAGUGCACUUGCGGCGAAGGACGCAUUAUGUCGCCCGAUUCCAAGGGCUGUAUGGAUCGCAACGAGUGCCUCGAUAUGCCCUGCAUGAACGGUGCCACUUGCAUGAAUCUCGAGCCCCGCCUGCGGUAUCGAUGCAUAUGUCCCGACGGUUUCUGGGGCGAGAAUUGUGAGCUGGUGCAGGAGGGUCAGACCUUGAAGCUCAGCAUGGGCGCCCUGGCGGCGAUACUGGUCUGCCUCCUGAUCAUUCUGAUACUCGUCUUGGUGUUUGUCGUGUACAACCGUCGCCGUGAGGGAUAUCAAUAUCCGGGACCCGAUGACGAUGUGCGCGAGAAUAAUAACUAUGACGACGAGGGUGGCGGUGAGGACGAUAUGACCGCCUGAAUCACACCGCUGCAGAUACCAAUUGGAGGGCCAAUGCCACCGGAGUGGCGCCCUGAAAUGCCAAUAAUGUAUCCCGUGAUGACCUUAAUGCCAGGUCAGGAGCCCAACGUGGGCAUGUUCAUAGAGGAGCAUAAAAAGCGCGCCGAUGGCGAUCCAAAUGCUCCUCCCUUCGAUGAUCUGGACUAUGCAUACGAGGGUGGCGGCAGCACAGCCGGAUCCCUCAGCUCGUUGGCCUCAGGCACUGAUGACGAGCAGCAGGAGUACGACUACCUCGGAGCCUGGGGGCCACGCUUCGAUAAGUUGGCCAACAUGUACGGACCCGAGGCGCCCACGCACAAUACCGAGCUGAAUUGUAAGCGGGGAAAGGCCAAGAGUAAGGUGGAACAGAGAGGAGACCGAAUCCAAUCCGAGACGGAUACCUAG